AUGCGAACCACUUCAUCUCUCUAUCGACACACAAUGCAACGCAAGAUAACGCUUUCAAGCACCUACGCCAACAGUGUUGCAAGGCUCUCAAAUUGUUCACAAAUGGCUUAUUCAGCCGAACCCUCAUCUUCUUUGAGCUUUACAUCAUCUUCCCAUUUAUCAAAUGGCUCAGUUAGUCACAACAUAUGCUCUUCUUAUGGCUCCGACCCUGGACCUAACAUUGAGGUUAUCAGUUUGAGUAGGCUUAGCUCCAACUUGGAGCAGCUUUUGAUCGAAUCUGACUCUGAUUAUAGUGAUGCUGACAUCAUUGUGGAAGGAAUUCCGGUUAGUGUUCAUCGAUGUAUUCUGGCAUCCAGAAGUAAGUUUUUCCAUGAAUUAUUUAAGAGAGAGAAGGCAUCAUCAGAAAAAGAAGCGAAAUUGAAGUACAACAUGAGUGAUUUGUUGCCUUAUGGCAAGGUUGGAUAUGAAGCCUUCCUGAUAUUCCUGGGCUAUGUAUAUACUGGUAAACUCAAGCCCUCUCCAAUGGAGGUGUCUAGAUGUGUUGACAAUGUAUGUAACCAUGAUGCUUGUAGACCUGCAAUUAACUUUGCUGUGGAGUUGAUGUAUGCCUCUUCCAUUUUUCAAAUACCAGAGUUGGUAUCACUUUACCAGCGACGAUUGCUGAACUUUAUUGGAAAGGCUCAUGUGGAAGAUGUCAUUCCAAUCCUCAUUGUUGCUUUCCAUUGUCAAUCAAGUCAACUUGUCACUCAAUGUAUUGAUAGGGUGGCCAGAUCAGACCUUGACCAGAUUUCAAUUGACAAAGAGCUUCCCCCUGAACUCUCAGGAAAAGUUAAAUUGCUCCGCCACAACCCUCAGCAAGAUGUUGAAAACGAUGACUCUGUACUGGAUGCUUUGUCUCUAAAACGAAUCACUAGAAUACACAAGGCAUUGGACUCAGAUGAUGUUGAGCUUGUUAAACUUCUUUUAAAUGAGUCAGACGUUACUUUAGAUGAAGCCCAUGCUCUCCAUUAUGCUGCAGCCUACUGUGACCCCAAGGUUGUUUCUGAGGUACUGGGUUUGGGACUGGCUAAUGUUAAUCUUCGGAAUUCUCGGGGUUACUCAGUGCUUCACAUUGCUGCCAUGCGUAAAGAACCUUCCAUAAUAGUAUCCCUACUUACGAAAGGGGCUUGUGCAUCAGAUUUGACUUUUGAUGGUCAGAGUGCCGUUAGUAUUUGUAGAAGGUUGACAAGGCCAAAGGACUAUCAAGCAAAAACAGAACAGGGGAAAGAAACAAACAAAGAUCGGAUAUGCAUUGAUGUUCUUGAAAGAGAAAUGAGGAGGAAUCCACUGGCUGGGGAUGCCUGUAUGUCUUCCUAUACUAUGGCUGAUGAUCUCCACAUGAAACUACUAUACCUUGAGAACAGAGUGGCAUUUGCAAGACUUUUCUUCCCUUCAGAAGCCAAACUAGCCAUGGACAUUGCGCAUGCUGAGACAACAUCUGAGUUUGCCGGUCUCUCUGCAUCAAACUCAAAAGUUUCAAAUGGAAACUUGAGAGAGGUAGAUCUCAAUGAGACUCCCACAGUGCAAAAUAAAAGACUUCUUUCUAGAAUGGAAGCUCUUAUGAAAACAGUGGAAAUGGGGCGGCGCUACUUCCCUCAUUGCUCGGAAGUGCUGGACAGGUUCAUGGAGGAUGACCUGCCUGACUUGUUUUACCUUGAAAAGGGUACUCAAGAAGAGCAGAGAAUCAAAAGAACGCGAUUCAUGGAACUCAAAGAUGAUGUGCACAAGGCCUUCAGCAAGGACAAGGCCGAAUUUAGCCGCUCCGGCAUUUCAUCUUCCUCCUCUUCAUCCUCCCUCAAAGACUCUGUUGUACAUUACAAGGCUAGGAAAGUGUAA